CCGUGGACUGGUGCAUAGGUGGAGACGUUGGGCCACCGCUGUACCUGGUCGUCCUGGUGCCCGUCUGGUGCUUUGGCCCAGGCGUAGGUGGGGGAUAUUCCAUGUGGCAGCUCGAGGCGACGGCACAUCGGCGCGAUGGAUUCAAGUGGCGACUAAUUAAGACGUGGCACGGCGGAUUGGGGAGCCGUUUCUACAGCACAACUAGAUACAAUAACAGUAGAGUUAAAUACACAAUGGCCUCGACCGUGUUGACAUCAACAACGCAGUUGGCGAGUGAGGUGGCGUCUAUGGAGGAGGCUGUGUUUGUUGCCAUGUUCGAAGAGGAGGGGUCUGUGCUGGAAUGGGUGCAGAUGCACAGGCAGCAGAUGAACGAGAUUUAUGCGUUGCUUAUCCAGCAUCAGCACAAUAUUCCAGCGGAUCUUCUGGAGGAGGUGGAGGAGCUAUCUGGUGGAUGGGAGGAGGAGCUCCGUGAAAGCCUUCCCUCGCAACAGUUGGGUGCCAUCGAAAACGCACGGGUGAUGGCGGAGUUGGGGGGUUGUUCUCAAGUGCUGGGGGAAGUGAAGGGAAUCCUUGUACAGCUGAGGGAAUGGCUGCGGGACGCGGGGCCUGAGGAGGGGCAGGUUCUGCGUUCGUCGUCGGGCUCAUGGAGUCAAGCGGACACUUCCAUUUCGGCUGCCUCCCUUACUGAGGAGGUGAUGAGUAGCCGCGGGAAGCCUGAGGAGGGGCAGGGAGCUCACGGCGAAUUGGACAAGUGUUUGCUCGCUGGCGACGAGGAGUGCUUUCGAUCGGAGGAGGGGGCUAUUACCACGCGUGAGAGCUGCAACAACAACAACAACAGCAACAACAACAACAACAACAACAACAACAACAACAACAACAACAACAACAACAACAGUAACAACAACAACAACAACAACAACAACAACAACAGUAACAACAACAACAACAACAUUGAUAACAAGAAGGCCAACAACAACACCAGCAGCCACGAAGCAGGGAGUGUGGGCGCCAGCAUAAUUGUUGGCCAUGUCACUGGCGCCGGUGUGCAAAUUGCGACUUCGUGUGUGCUGGAUUACAAUAAUAAGAACAACAACAACAGCAACGACACAAAUGACAUCAACAAUAUCAAUAACGUCGGUAUGGUGAGUGCGGUGGGGGUUUCCGCAGCGAAUUCCGAUCUCUCCCUCUCUCCCUUUCCUCCUCCACUGUCCUGUUUCCAUUGCAAGCGUACUGACGAUUUGGGGGGAGGGCGAGAGGGCUGUUCGGGUGGUUCGCCGUGCAUAUUGGAUGGGCGUGGGGGACAGCGGCGGGGGGAAUGGGUGCGUGAGGGGGUGGGUUAGAUGGUGGGUAGAUAUUGGAUCGCCUUACCCCGCCUGUUUGUGGCCACGUGGAACAAUCAGUCUUCGCCACGUGCUAACAGUGUGCGGGGCAUUUGGGCCUGCGACCGUGAGGCCUGGCUUCUUGUUNGGGUUAGAUGGUGGGUAGAUAUUGGAUUGCCUUACCCCGCCUGUUCGUGGCCACGUGGAACAAUCAGUCUUCGCCACGUGCUAACAGUGUGCGGGGCAUUUGGGCCUGCGACCGUGAGGCCUGGCUUCUUGUUACGUGGCGGGGAUAGGAAGUGCCGGGGAAAGAGGCACUAAGGUUGUCUCAGUUGGAUUCCGCCAUGUGGCUCCUGGGUUUUUGUUUUUAGUGAAGCCCUGCUCUGCUUCCCCCUCCUGCUCACGGUGCUGUAUGGUAUCUGAACGCCUAAUGAGUAUUCCAGGGUAGGGCAUAAAUUUCGGCUUGGGUGGGCAGUCAAUCCCCUCUAUUGAGGGUAAUCAAUGCUGUCCACUACU